CAAAACCAAGUACCGAAAGUAGAAUUAUACUCUUUUACAACUUUAACAACAAAUAGCUCUUCUUUAAAAGAAAAGAUAACAAAAAACUCCGAAAAUGCGUCGCAUCUAUUCCACGAACUUACUAAAGCAUAUCGGCAUCGAAGACGAUAUGAUAACGGAAGAAAAACGACUUCAAUGCCCGACCGUAGGCGCCGAACAACCGACCGAAUUUCCAGAAGUAAUCAUUCAAACUGAAUUCUUAGAGUCCAGUCACUAUCACAUCGAGACCGCGCAGAAAUGGCUUGUGUUGAACGGCAAAAAUGGGCGACAACACAAAUUUCCGCUACAAACCAUCUUGCCCAAAGUGCAAAUGACGCGUACGGUGCCAGCGAAGCAUCUACCACGUGAUGUUGAAGUUGAUCGACGUCGGCGACAAAACAGUAAACUGGAUUUAUUGCAAAUGCUGGAUGAGGCCGGCAUAACCAACGGCGAUCUAAUGCCAACCGAAAUACUGUACUACAGCCUCUCCGAUAAUGUCUUCAAACACUUUCUACCAUUGAGUUUCUUUGAUGACUCGGACUAUGACACAAACUCACCGGAGGCGUGGUUGAGUUUAGGCAAAGUGGAGGAUGGCAUAUAUCCACUGCCAGCAAAAGCUUUCCUGCCAUACAGGCAAAGCCUAUUCGAUUAUAGGUGGCAAUAUGCCGCCGUUAGCGCUUACGAUAAGGAAACAUCUAAAUGGACUGUGCUGAACUUGGAUGAUGAGAUGUUAUAUGAAAUACCAAGUAUACAAAUUAUGUUUCUUGCGGAUAGUCCAAAAAUGUUUGUGCAACGCAUUCAAAAAGCGCAAAAUGAUCGUUGCUAUGCCGAGCGGGUGAUCAAAAUGGAGUCAAUCGUGGAUUGUGUGCUGAUGCAAGAUAUUGAAGAUCAGCGCUUUAUGCGUAACGAUCGUAUCGAUAAUCUGCUACAGAAGGUGAUCGGCAGAGCCGAUGAUAAAUUUCAAUAUCAAUUGCGCAUCGAAGUCUAUCUUGUGUUCGAACAUUUAAUGGCGUGUUAUGAGUUCGAAAAAUUCGUCAAACUCAUGCCGAAAGAGUUUCCCACCUUUGAUGACAAUCUCAUCGCGAAUUCCUUGCCACGCGCCUUCAAAUCGGUGGCGAAUAUUAAUGAAGCGCGUAGCUGUAAGAGCUUUCGUGUGAAUAUCAAAAAGUUACGUUACCUUUUAUUGCGCUCGACCAUAUUCUAUAUUGGCGCCGGCAUCGAGGCUAUGUGUAAUGUCGCCGUGCAGUGUCAGUAUAUUGAGACAUUAUCGAUUUUUUUGACCGGCUUUGUGAAACCCGUAGCGCUGAAUGAUUUCCUACAGUCACAGCAGUCGAAUAGCAAUAAUGUUGCGACAUAUUUGAAGAAUUUCUGGCCACAAAAGAUAUCGUCCGGCAUAACAUUGGUGCUGCGCGCACUCGGUAAAGGUUGGCUGGACAUCAGCCUCGAUAAGUGGAGCGUCUAUCAGAUGUGCAAGAUAUCACGUUUCAUAUUGCAGACGAAAUUUCGCAUGCAAGAAUCUAUGCAGGUGCUCUUAGAGAAAUCGAUCGAUACUUUUAGCGUAUAUUUGACGGAUCCAUGUUUGCAAUUCCUGAAACUACAAGCGGACUAUAAGUGGCACAAUAAUUACAUUGAGACGGAGUUUCCAUGUGAGAAACCCAUAUUUUUUCUAAUCAUCACCAUAUCGGAGGCUAGGAAGGUGGUUUACUCAACCACACCGGAAGAUUUUGCACCGCUGCUGACAGAUAUCUUCAAGAAGGCAUUGGAGAAGACUAGCGGUGUGCGCUGCAUUGAGGCUGAGACUUUGUUAAAUCUUAAAUUUGCUCCGAAUCUAUAUAUAGAGACGGUUGAGCUCAUUGAAGAUUUAUUCAUACAAUGGAAUGAUCUACUGGGUCGUUGUUAUAAUCAAGCCGUACUACCGCUAAAUUCCUACGCACGUCUUUAUGAACGCUUCAUCGAUUUCUAUCUGCUAAAUGUCAAUGAAUACAUGCGCGAAUACGAGUCAAUAAAACGUUCCUCGUCUGAGGUGAAAUACGACAUAUUGGAGCACAAACGUCAGAAAGAGGAAUUACGUGAGAUCUUACCAGCGUUCAUUACGAUCGGUCCGUUUCUGAUUAAUGUGGAUCUAAUGAAACAGCUGAUGAUUAAGAAACACACGGAAAUUGUACGCAAACUCUUCGAAUACUAUAUACAACGCAUGUGGGAUAUAAAUGAGACCAUUUUGGAGCAAUGCUUAAGCAUAUAUCAGAAGAUUACCGAUCGUCCGCAAAGCAUUGAACAUCUGUAUGAGAUACGCGACUUUGCCGCCACAGUGCCAGAUGUCGUCGAGCAGUUGCGUGCGGAUAUUCAAAUUAUGUGGUUGGAAUAUGAAAUGCUAGACAGCUUCUUCUAUAAUCUUAGUGAUACACAAUUCGCUAUGAAAUGGGAGGUUUACGCUUGGCCUCACACAAUUAUGCAGCGUUUGGGUACUUUGCGUGAGGAGCAAAAGAAUGAUAUCGAAGAGUUUCGACGCGUACAUUCCAGUGAGUGCAUUAGUUUUGAGGAACGUCUGGAGUCGUUGAACGAAGAAAUACAAGCCUUUUCCUUAAUAUUCGAACCGAAUAAGGUGACCGAGACAGCGGUGGAGGUCAAAAAAACCUGGAAGCAAAUACAAGAAUUGGAGAAACUCGGCAAAACACUACAGUAUCGUCAGAAACUUUUCGACCUAGAAGAUCUCUCAUUAGAAUUUCUCGAAAGUAUUAUAAGCGGUUUUACACCAUACCGUCAAUUGUGGCUAACUUGUUUGGACUUUCUGAAACUCGAAGAAGCGACCGUUGGCAAUCCAUUAGUCAAUAUUGAUUUGGAAGAUGUUUGGAAUUCCAUUCAAGAUAUACGAAAAUCGUUAAAUGAAACGUAUAAUAUUUUCACCGAAAAGCCCGAAAUACAGGAUGUAGCAAAAUUCUACUUGGCCAAAUGUGAUGAUUUUGUGCCAGUCUGGCAAUGCAUCGACUGGUUGAAGAAUGAGCAUUGGCUAUAUAUGCAUUGGCAAGAGCUCUCAACACGCAGUGGCAUGGAAAUUAAAUAUUCGGCUGCCAUGAAUUUUUCCUACCUUGUACGUAAAGGUAUAAUGGAAAACUUAAGUUUGGUGCAUGAGAUUUCGUCCAAAGCUGAGUACGAGGCAAACGAGUAUAGGAGGCAGCUGGAAGAAGAGGAGCGUCGUAAAGAGCAAGAAUUACAAGAACUAAUUAUGCGUAAAGCUCUGCGAAAAUGUCGUAGAGAUAUACUGUUAGAUGAACCUCAAGGCGAGGUGGAAAAGAAAGAAGGAGAGAAAGCUGAGUAAUUAACAGGCGUAACCCAGUACUUCAAAGGAAAAUGGCUAUGAGGUGAUAGGA